CCUCUCACCUUUCGGCCCCGAACGACCUUCUUCCAUGGACGUCGACCAGGAACUCGCCCGUAUCCAGCAGGCCAUCUCGGAGCUUCGUGCUUCCGAAUCGCAGCCUCAAGUCCUGCGUUCCGAACCACAGCCUGUACACAAUGACCCAGUGGGCAACCCUCCCCCAGCCCGCGGGCUGUCUAGGGACGAGGCUACGGAGCUCUUCAUACAACAACAUGUGGCUGAAAUACUGGCGGCUAUGAGGCAGCCCUCCCCUAGGUCUAGGAGUGUCCCGCGUCGGGAUCCAGAUGCUAUUCUCCCCGACUUGGUGCGGCCGCAACAUGAUCCUGAAAGGCGUCCGACAGCCCGCCCCUCAGACGCGCAACCUUCGACUGGUGGCUCGCCCGACGAGGAUCGUGCCAGCGAAGACGCACCGGGCGCCGACCAGGCCACUUCCUCAGCCGGUGGCAGCGGCUUUGACCACCGCGCAGCAUUCGAAGCACUCGAUUUCUCCGGUCUGGCGACCGCCCGGUAUAGCAUGUACGAACGCUACUUCGUGAUCCCUGGGGACCCCCACGAACAGCGCCUGGCGGAGCUGGAGCCUUAUCCUUACUGGAUGGGAAGGCCCAGGACGGUGCGCAACGCCGACGGCUCGGAGAGCACUUUGCCUGGGCUCAACGUCCUCACAGAGGACCCGUACGUGUACCCGUGGGAGGUUUUGUGAUGUCCGCUUGUCUGUUCGGGAUGGAGUUUGGAUAUGGAUAUGGGGACGAUGCUGAUGUAUUGUAUUAGGAGGACAUGUCUCGGAAUGUGAUGAUGGACGUACACGCUUUCUCGAACAGUGUACGAGCUUGACG